UUGACAUUUGGGUGUGUGAAGCUGUCUUACUUGUUUUGUGAUGAAAUUUGUGCCAUAGCGUCUUGAUUUGUGGGGAAAACUGACAAGAGUUUUUAUUGCCGGUGUUGUAGAAAGAUGUUAAUAAUUUGUAUUGUGAUAGAGGUUUCAGUGGACAGGAAUGCGACCUAAUUGAAAAUCUGCUUUGGGCUGUGUAAGAAGUCCCUAUUUUCUGGUGGACCAACAGAUACAUCUGACUGCAAGCUUUCACUAAUCUGCCUGACUUUCUGAUGUUUGGGUCACAUGUUAAAUCCAACCUGCACAAGUCUGCUUCAGUUAAAAACAAACAAAAAAAAACUGCACUAAAGACUUAGAAUCCUCCCUGAAAUUACUUUGCUGCGGCAUCCUCUUUCCAACUCCAGCCCUCCCAUAAUGGAGGAAAAGGAAACCCGGACACCAUCCCCAAACAUCAUCCUUCGCUGUGACAAUGAUUUUUUGAACUCACAAAAAUCUGCAUGGGAUUCCUCUUCUGAUGGAGAAGAGGUAGCAGAGAAACGGAAAGUUCCUGAUGUCCAUAAAGAUGACUUAGCAUCCAGACGAGUUCAUCCCGGCCCCAUUGUUCCCAAAGUGCAUCAGUUCGUCCCUCCUCCUGUGUGUACCAGUAAAGACAGGGAACGCUGGGAGGGCAUCAGACGAGCCUCACAACAAACACAGCAAGAGAAAGAGAUCAGUGAGAAGGAAGCAGACCCUGACAUCAUUACUCGCAGAGACAACCCCUUCCUAAAGGAAGAGGAGGAUGAGGGAGAAGAGGGAAGGGUUAAGGCAGUGCCUAAUAAGCAGAGGGAUGACCUGGCUCUUAGGCGGGCUCAGAGUAAACCUCUGCCUCACAAGGGCGGACCAAUGAGCUUUGUUUCUUCCUCCAUGAGCCAGGCAGAUAUGCAGAAGUGGGAGAGACUCAAGAUAACCGAACCCAGCCAUGUGGAUGCUGACCCUAAUCAAACUGCCCCUGCCUUUGCGGACCCCCAACCCUGGACCACCCUAUCCACUCCUACUGCUGCUGAGUUAGAUGCUCAACUUGCUCAAUAUGAAGAGAGAAUAGAAUGUGCGGAUGAAGAAGAAGAGGAGCUAAUCCCAGAUCUUCAAAAAGAUGACAUGAUGGCAAGAAGGACAGGAGUUUUCCAUAAACAAAGUGCAGCUACGGUGAAUUACAACCGUUUCCUGCCUCUGCCAGGCUCUAAGCGCUACACACAAGAUGAGUUUUGCACUGAUGCUGCUCCGUGCAACAAAAAGAAAGUGCAGACAAGCAGGGCAAAGAAACAGAGCACCAGAGUGGACCAUCUGCAGCCCAGUGAUUCCACGGAAACACCUCAACAACGAGUUGAGCCAACAGUGGUCAGAGCAACGUCUUAUAUCGAAGCAGUAUUGUUACCGUGGCAGCAGAACAACAGGCCUCGCCCUCCAAAGCCCCAACCAGCCCCAUAUGUCCCGGGCUGAAGGAGAGGAAAGAAGAUGCAAAACAAGAAAAGAGAGUCAUGACGAUAGUCUCUGACACCAGUGUCAGCAAUUUGACUGAACCUCCCUCCUCUCCGAAAUUCAA